GUUAGCUAAUUGUAGUCGCCAUUGUGAUCAAAACAAAGUGUGGAAGGAUUUUAGGAUUUGUAGUUUUCAGUUCUAUCUUCCCUGGAGAUUUUGCCCUUUUAACUUUUCAUCAUGUCUAUGGCAACGAAUUACAGAUACGAAGUCGAGCGACCUGGAGCGAAAAAUCUAAGAAAAGCUCUGAAAAGGCAAGAAGAGAGGAUCAAGAAUGAUGAGUUCAACUCAGAGCAGGAAGCAAAGGUCAAGAGUGAAAUCAGGGUCAACCAAAUUGCUGACUGGAUGGAAAAGCAGGAAGAGAAUAGUGAAAGACGCAUACUAAAGCAAUGGGCUGCUGACUCCAAAGAAGAGCUAUCUCUAGCUAAUAAAGAACUGACAGCUGUUAGAAGAGCUCAGCUUCGUAAGUUGCUGUAUACAGAGCAAGCAUUGUAUGAGAUGGAACUUAAUGAGCAAGGAAAAUCCUUCUUUAUCCAGAGAACAUGACAAUGAAUGCACAAGGGCAUAAGUCUGAGUUAAUAAGAAAGAUUAGUGUUACGUUACAAUGUGACUCAGUUAGCUUGUGUUAUUGAUCAGUUUCAGUCAAUUUAACACCUGAAAGAAUUGACUCUUCUUAUAUGAUAUAAAUGUACAUUUUUCUAAUAAUUAUUGUGAAGAACUCCAGGUACCUCUGAAUCAACAGCACUAAACAACACUUGUAUUUUUAAAAUAAUUCAUGGAUAGCUUUGUGUAACAAGCUCAAGGGAGCACAUGUAUAAUAGGUUAAUUCAUAAACUUCAAUGGUUUCAUUUUUACAUAAUACACAGGUAAUGCCAUUCAUUGGCUGAAUUUACACACUUCAUAUGAGACUGUUGAAUCCGGGGAGACUCCGGCGCCAUUUUAAAGGAUAGUGGAUGCUUGUCUGCAAAUUUGAAUUAAACCCCUAAAAGUGAUCAUGCAAUCUGGGUGUGGCUUAAGCUCUAUUUGACCCCUAAAAGAUACCGUCGUCGUCGUCGUCGGCAGCCGUUCGUCUCGGGAGACGAUGGUGUAGCGCUAUGUCGAUGCGGAGCAUCGUCUCGAGUGGCUAUAGAGUCCCACUCUGGAGUGGCAGUCUCUGUUGCAAAUAACGCAGACGAAGGAGGAUGGUGCUGCAAUUGAGGCUGCCCUGGUCUUCCUUCUGGUUCUCUUCAAGACCUGCUGGUUAUUUCUGGUAUUCUCAGCCUUCCCGACUCCUGAAGAUACUGCAUGUCGCCAGGCCACUCUGAUGUCAGCUACUUCUUCCCGUGUGUUUGGAUCAAUCUCUGCUUUCUUCAUGU